AUGUCUAGAGCGUCUACAGAGCCGGAUAUCGAAUCGCAACCAACUGCUCAGGAGUAUCUGGAUGGUUUUCCCGACGUCUCAGAGUAUAUUGGCAGCGAUCGCGAGUUGGCCCUAUUCCGCCGCUUCGAUGUUCUCGGCGCACGGAACUUGCUCUAUCUUCAAGCUCGACUUCUUGUUCUUGAAGAAGUGUUGAAGCAGUAUGAUGAAGAGGAUAAAGACUUUAUUCGAAGGAACUGUAAAAUAAAUGCCGAGAAGGAGAUCAUCCCUUCAGAGGCUGCAUUAGAAGCACUUCAGAUAACGAAAGAUUGGACGACCUUCGUUUCACGCGCCGAGAAAGAUAUCCGCGACGACGACUUCAGCAAGAAUGGCCGUGCGAAGGAUCAUUAUAGGAAGCGACUGGAUACUGUAUUAGAGAUCCAAACAGUCCUCAAACAAUACCAGGAAGCAUUGAUACUCCACAACAAAGUUUUGCAGCUAGACUCGCCGGGGAGUCGAGCGCUUGAAGUCUUCAAAGCCUGGUUCAAUCGCAAGAAGCCGUUUGCUGGGAAGGGCAACAAAUUGAUGGAGAACGACGAUAUCGCCGCCCUAGGACCUAGCCAAGGCCAAGAUCGUCUAUCAAAAACUUUGCAAAAGAGGGUAGGGUGGAUGUUCCAGGAAAAGCGUCCAGUGCCACCAUCAUGGGGGGAAAUGGUCUACUUCUCCGAGAAGCAUCUAACGCGUGCUGUCCAAAUCCUGAGCGUUCUCUUCUCGGCCCUUGCCUUGACGAGUGCCAUAAUUGCCCUCCACUAUAUUGGCCCCACCGGAUGGCGUUUCGGAGCGCUGGGAGGCUUCCUGCUGACCUUUGCUUUGGCCGUGGGAACACUUACCAAUGCGACAACGCCAGAGAUGUUUGCUGCAACCGCUGCCUUUGCGGCUGUCUUGGUCGUUUUCAUUGCCACCGGAUUACCGAAAUGAGGGAGCUUGUCGAGGAGACACAUGUAUCUAUAAUUACGAAAGGAAACCGCAUGCUUUCUUGAGACCUUCAAAGGCAUUCAGAGGGAUUCUAGUUCCCCGAAAAAACUUGGGAACUUUUGCAAGUAGUAAAACGGGAAUUUAUGUAUAUUAAAGAGCGAGGCUCGGGAAGGGGAUGGCGUGGGCUACUCUAUAUAAUGAAGUACAUCGCGAGCAACAGAAUCUUUGUAACACAGUC